AUGGUCUCCUCUUCUCUUCCUCCUCCUUCUCUUCUACUUCUUUUCUCUUUGAUAUUUGCUUCCUCUGUAUUCCUCUCACGUGCCACUCACGAGACUGCUCUCAAAGGCAUUGACCCUGAGAAUCCAGCUCUGAAAGUCACUCCGUCCCACUUGAACGAGCAUGUGUUUGGCCAUGAUGGUUCUAAAGAUGUUUUCUUUUGUGAACGAGUUAAAGUUUCUGGUCAUUCCAGAUGGACACUCAGUAGUUAUGCUAGUUCAUUUCGAGUUACUUUGGAUCAAUAUGCGGAAAUCCCGGAGAGAUUGCAUAGCAAAAUUCAGGUUUGCUUCCACCGGAAUGCUUCCCUUGGAUUAUGUCAGUGUGAAAAGGAUGAUUGGAGAACUGUUCAGAAGGGGCUGUGGAGAUCUGUCAUGUCACCUUAUGAGGAGAGAUAUGUUGAUGUAAAGUUCAUUAGUGAUACUUCUGAAUAUGUCUCAAUUGCUGUUGAUGAAGGGAAUGAAAUUGUUGCCAACUGGAAGGAAAAAUAUUUUCUAUCUUUCCAUUUAUGGAUCAGUGGAGCUGGUUUAGGGUACUGGAUGGUGAGGAAAUUUGUAAUCUCAAAGGAUGGAAGCGUGGAUGAUGGUGUAGCUCAGUUUGUUAAAUGGGCAAUGCGCAUUAUUGCAUCCACCUUUAUUUUCCAGCACUCUGGAUACUCCUUUAGCAAUGGCCGCCUUGGUUUCUUCAUUUGCAAUCUCCUCUCUUACUUUGAAGUGGUGGUAUCGAAUCAACCAACUAUGAUUUCAUACAGUGAUCAAUCAGAUUAUUGGUGUGGGAAUGCUUGGCACCAACCUGCAGGACAGGCAACAGCAAGAUAUAGACGUGCUGAAUUCCUUAGCAGGACAGGAAAAAUGAGCCCCCGGGGGAAGAUGUGGACCAGCCCAAAAAGCUCAUUUGCUUGGACCAGCUCCCCUGUUAAAGGUUUGGUAUCACCAUCUUCUCAUUCGGCAACAACAGAUAAGCAGAAUUACUAUUCAACCUUCCACAGCACACCAAAGCGAAAGAAGUUCACAAAGAAACAGUGGGAGGAUUUCACCAGGGAAUCAACACGCCAAGCUCUAUCGGAAUGGGCAGCAUCACCGGAAGUUGCCAAUUGGAUCAUUGAGAAUGCUGACCGAAUUCAACUCCAUCCAAGCGAUUGUAGUUCAGAAGAAAUGGUGGAAAGCGAAUCAGACUCCACAGAUGAGACUGUUGCGGGGAGUGGCAAGCCAUUUAGGUUUUUUAACUGGUAG